UGAGCCUGGAAAAUCCCAACGUAUGCAGAACAUGGGAGCAGAGGUUGGUUAGAGAGUGAGGCAAUAGCCAGGGUCAGAGGGGGAGAAAGGAAAUGGAAAGAGAUGAAAUACAGUCGUACCUUGGUUUUCGAACACCUUAGUUCUCAAACAUUUGUCUCCCAAACACUGCAAACCCGGAAGUGAGUGUUCCGGUUUGUGAAUGUUCUUUUGGAACCCGAAUGUCCGACGCGGGUUCCAUAGCUUCCGAUUGGCUGCAGGAGCUUCCUGCAGCCAAUCGGAAGCCAUGCCUUGGGUUCCAAACGUUUUGGAAGUUGAACAGAUUUCUGGAACGGAUUCUGUUUGACUCCCAAGGUAUGACUGUAGAUGGCAGACAGACAGACAGACAGACAGACAGACAGACAGACAGGUUGUGCCAGUAUGAGAGAAGGAAGAGAAAGAAUGGGAAGGAGAAAGGACAGACAGACUGGGAGAAGAGACAAGGGAAGUGCCUGGGGCUUCUGCUGUGCCCUUUAGUCCCUUUGAUUCAUCCCCCACAACCACAACCUUCCUUCCUUCUUUCUGUUUCUACCUUUAAUGUGUAGGAGACAGAGUGCAUUUGGGCAUCUGCAAAAAACCCCCCACAACUGGUAUAAAAAGAAUUUUUGUGCAGUUCUGCGCAUGAUCACAUCCAGACUGCAGUUUUUUUGCAGCACAUAACCAAAGCAUACAUGUGCAUCAGUAAGAAUGUAAACAAAUUGAAGGAAUAGAUAGCCGCAGCAAACUGUUUUUGUUCCAGUUCUAGAACCAAUUUCAGAAAUUCUCUAAUUAAACAGGAAUUCAGGAGCAAUGGAACUACACAGCAGAGUGAACAUUCAGGAGCAAACAAAGAAGCGAAUGAAGAGAAAUGUUUAGCAAGUUGGCACUUUACCCUAUUGCCUUAAAACGAAUCAACAAAAGAUAGAACUUGAGUAAAGAAAGAAAAAAGUUUGUCGAGGGUCAAAAUUCUGAAACUUAAAAUCAUAUUCUGAUUUUUUCAUAAUGUUAAACAUUAUUCUAGCAUCUUUAUUAUUUUUUAAAAAUAAUAAUAUGAAAACCUGGAUAAUUUCAUGGGCAAGUCCCAAAGAAUUGCCUUGAUCACAAAAAUUUCAUAUGAAUUUUGAUUUAGGGCUGAAUAUUGCUAUUUGUACUGGUCUAAAUCUGAUGCAGAAAUACAAACUACAGGUAUGGCUAAAAAGCAACACUUCCUUUUAUGCAUGUCUAUUUAGCUUUCUAAAAUGGUUGCCAUGUGAAGCUGCUCAGAUGUUUGGAAUGCUGACUAAUGUCUCUUCUGAGGUAAUCAACAGUGCCUGACCAAUACCGUUUAUCUACUUUCAUUUGAUUCUUACCACCCAGGUAGCACCACCUCAUAUGUUGCUAAACACACACUCACAUGCACACACACACACAUAUGCAAAACCCCUUAGAUACAUUUUCUAAUCAAAUGAAGAGAGAUACUUGAGGUGGAGCAUGGCUAGAAACUUGUUAUCUGACUGUUGAACACAAACAUUAAUUGCGGUAUAAAAUAAGGCCCAUAGGGACUGUGAGGUACUUUCCUUGAUUUUAAAGCUUGCUUACCAAGAGCUGGAAGCUACGAUGGAGCAGAAGGGGGUCUGGAUACUUUCACUCAUUUUAAUUUUAGGACUUGGUGCAUUGGCCGAUGAUAAGAAAGCUCCACGUAAGUACCUUAAGAGCUGUUUAGAUUAUCCUUCCUUAUAGUGCAUUAAUGGAAUGAAGGCAUAUGUUGCCAAUAUUCGGAAUUGGAUGAACUUGCCCCUGCUGUUGAGAAACUUUAAGGCCAACUUCUUACCAACAUUAAGAGAAGCACAACAAAGUCCCUUAAUCAAUUAGAUAUAUUUUGUAAGAGUGCACAUCAAACUGGGUAACAGCUAUAAAAUAUGGAAGGUUUCUCCCCCUGUCCCAUAAGGAAGUAAAGGGUUACAUUCCGCUGCGUGGGCAAUAGAAAAAUUUCAAUUCAUUUCAGUGAUAUCAGCGAUGACCUUUACAAUUGAAGCUAAGCCAAGUCACUUGGAAAGUCGAACCAGCCACAUCCGAGAGCUCAAAUUGCAGGAGGGAAAGGUUGCAGACCAUUAGUGAAAUCCACAAGCCUUAGCUCCCCUAAGGGUAACAAAAUAAUGCCCACUUACAACAGUGUUCCAAAAACAGGGGUUAAGGGCAGUGGUGUUCUUAGGGGUGGCCCAGGGGGAACUAGGCCCUGAGCUGUUUUCACUGUCUUAGAUCUCCUGCGCCUUUUCUUUUCUAAAAAAAAAAAAAAAACUUUUAAAAAACUUUAUUUACAGGGCUGCUGGGAAUGCAGCAAAAGCAUAUUGCCAGUGAGACCUAAGUCAUCUAGCACCUUCAUUUUCUCAUAGAUCUAAAAUUGCAUCUCUACAUAUACAUUAGGAUAUGUACAUAAAGCAAAUGUGCAUCAUGAACCUGCAUUCAGAAUCUUUUAAAUACCUAGCAAUUUGCCUCCUUAGAGGGGUAUUGCCAAAGGUACAAGAGCUGUCCCGUACAGGUGCUGCUUAUGAUUUGGUACCUAAAGGAGAGGGAUAAAAUAUAACCCCAAAUCCCACAGGAAUUACCUGCAGGGAAAUUACCUAUCACACACAAGUUCACAAAGGUGCCCUUUUAAAAUGUGUUGGGGAGGGGGUGAUUAUUGGGUUGUUUUUGUUUUUAUUAUGUAUUUUGCUGUUUCAGAUUGUGAUUUUAUGUUGUGAACCACCCUGAGACCUGUGUGUAUAUGGCAAUAUAGAAAUAUAAUAAAUAAUAAUAAUAAAAAUAAUAACAACAUGUUCUAAUAUUACUGGAAACGUGUUGUAUGAUUUCAACAGGCUUAACCCCUGGGAUCUAAACAAAGGAUUUGCAUUUUUAUUAGAUAGGAAAUUCAUGAGCCCUCUUAGCCACUGAGCCUGAACCUGCAUGGACUGAAAAUUGGGGCGGGGGGGGGGGGGAGUCUUGUCCUCACAAAGGCCAGCUCAGCUCCAGAGACUUUCCUGCUCAAUCCAGCGCUCAGAGGGCUGGGGUUUGCAUGCAUACCUGUGCCCCUCCCCUCUUUUAGCCAUUGGGUGUUCAACUGAGGGCUACAUUUAGGCAGAUAUCUGAACAGAAGGAAGUUCCCAUUGAAAGGUCAAUGAGACCUGCCAGAGGCUACCAUGUUCUUACAAGAAAAGAGCUAACCAUGACUUCUGUUCUCAACAGCGGAAUGCCGAUGUCACGGUGAUCCCAAAGCAAGAGUUAACUGUGGACCUCCUGGAAUCACUCCCCAGCAAUGCCGGGACGCCGGGUGCUGCUUCAGUUCUGAAGUUGCAGGAGUGCCCUGGUGCUUUGCUCCAAGCCCCCCAAAAUGUAAUGUAUUUUUCUGAAGCAUACCUGGCUUUUCUGAGAUACUGAAAAUGAUACACAGGUCAGAAUUCUGCUAUCAGGCAUUCAGUUAGUCUUGUCUUAUAGGCAAACAUAGAAACUGUCCAAGGAAAUAUGAAAAACCACUGUUUCUCAGUCACUGGAACCCUGCCUGAUGUUAGACUUCAUGCCAGAACCUGAGAGAAAGUAGAUAGAUAGAUAGAUAGAUAGAUAGAUAGAUAGAUAGAUAGAUAGAUAGAUGAUAGGUAGGUAGGUAGAUAGCAAGCACACCAUUUUUGUUUAUGAUGAACCUUUAGGUAUGAAGGAUUAAUGAAAUACCUAAGCUGUGUACAGUACACCAGAUAGCCUAUUCCCACAGCUGCUUAAGGAUAAUGUGGUUAUAUAAGUACAAGCAGAUGAUGGGCUGUUCCCAACCAAGUCAUACUAAGAGAAGACCUUUUUGGAAUCAAUGGUUUUACUCUGAGUAUGAUUUAAUCAGAUACAAUCCAGUGCUAUUCAAUUUGUCCACAGGGAUUAUAUUUCUUUCCUCAGCCUUUGUUAUGCUUUGCUAGAAAUGUGAGUUGAUUAGUUGAUUAGUAUCUAAGCUCAUCCCAGUUUGUGCACGAAUUGGUUCAGGCAUGUAAGAUAAAACUAAUGACAGCCCACAUAGAGGAAAUAAUCACAAAAUACAGGUAGGUAGCCAUGUUGGUCUGACGCAGUUGAAAUAUAUAAAAAAAUAAAAUAAAUUGUCUAGUAGCACCUUAGAGACCAACUAAGUUUGUUCUUGGUAUAAGCUUUCGUGUACAUGCACAUGAAAGCUUAUACCAAGAACAAACUUAGUUGGUCUCUAAGGUGCUACUGGACAUUAUAUAUAUAUAUAAAAUCACAAAAUAGUUCAUGUAUCUUGAGCUCAAAUAAAACAGAAAAGCAAGGGCAAAAGCAGCACCAGCUAGACAAAGACUACGAGCAACACUAUGACUUUGAUCCACUAAUCUUAAGGAACUAUUCAAAACAGAUAAAAAGGUAUGUCCUUCAGAGGUGAAAGUCAGGAAGAAUUGUGGAUACCCAGGAAUCUCUGCUGCUGCAUGUGAAGAGAGAGGAUGCUGUUUUGAGUCCCGUCCUCCCGCAGUUCCAUGGUGUUUCUUCCAUGUUGAGGUAGCAGAAGGUAAAGUAACAAACAUAUUUUCCCCCUUUGCACAAAUGGAACAAAAUUUUGCACUGAGGCACAUGCUACUCCUUGUACUUUGUUGCACAUUAUAUCUUCAAGAGACUAUACUACCAGUCAAUAGUAAAUGCCUUUCAGCGUGAGCAUGCAAGCAAUCUGUAGCACAGGUCAAGUGCAAAUGGAAAGAAAUCUGAUGUGAAAAGCUUUAGAAUAACUGCAUAAACCCUUCCCCAAAUUUGGUUACUAUCCCUCAUGCAAGUCCAUUAGUAUGAGCAGGGAGGGCAGUAAUUCUAGUCCUGGGGUGAGGAUAGGGACAGUCUUGUUGGUCCCACCCAUUGUUGCUUACGGAUGGCUUAUCCCUGCAGCCUUCCAUGCAUUUGGGCUGGAUGUCUUCAGCAGGGAGCCUUUGUACUUGUACAGCAAUUUUAAAUGAUCUAGAACCCUGAUCCUCUAAGAUUCUACACCACACAGGAAGCCCACACAAGUCAAGCAGGCUGUCUGCUGCAAAGGGUCAGCCCAAACACAUGGAGGGGUGCAGCAAUAGAUCAGCAGGAAUGUGACAGGUGUGGUCAGGCAGAGUGCCCCUGCUUCCUCUCUUGCAUGAGGGGAGCAAAUGAUUAGGCCCAUGGUCUGUAUAAGCAUGCGUAACUGAGUACAACAUAUUUUGGGGGGGGGGGCAGAAUAUUAAAGACAGCUACCACGGAACAUUACCCCUGCUGUCACUUGAUUUGAUGGAGGUGGACAAGGGAGAGCUAAACUACCCCAGUUCUUAUACUUUUUGUUUUUAUUGCCUUUUCAGAAUGUUAAAACAAAGCUUCAGAAAUGGACAUUUGCACAAGGAGCAUCUCUGCCAAUGGAACAAUUCAAAAAGGAAAACAUGUCAUCAUGAACAUUGUGCUCUUGUAAUUCUGACUUCCACGACACUUUGCUUUGCCUUUGCAUUCCCACAAUAACACAAUUAAUCACAUAUUUUGUCUCCCACUGCUCACAAUAUUAGUGCUUGG